UAUUCCACUUUUGGACUUCAACCUUUUAUACUGUGAAAUUUGAAGCAACCUCAUCAUAGACUUGUAGCCCCACGGCUCGAACAGCUAAUUCAGGACCGGAAGAAAGACAAGACGGUGCAAAAGGCUUCAAUCUUCCUUACGAUGGAUGUGGGGUUGUUGGAAAUCCCUGCCGAGCUGUCAGCAAGGUUUCGCAGGGCAGCAGGGCAUCGACAUGCAGCAAUAGUGACAGAGGUUGCACCUCCGCAAGUAAAGGCAACACACAACCUCACUCUGCCUCAAGAUGUAGACAGAUUCCCAUUCUCUCACUAUGCCAAGUCCAUACUGAAGGAUACAUGGUCCCAACCUCAGGGAACCCCCAUCCAAAGAGCACUCACCCCUCUUGAACCAGACGAUGCCCGCACUGCACUGGAAGUUUAUAAACUGAUCAUGCGGUUCACAGGUGAGACAGACCUCAGUGACUCGCAGGAGCAGAUGUUGGGAAACUACAUAAUUGAGAAAGGCCAGAACCAAUCUGCCUUAAGGGAUGAGAUCCUGGCCCAGUUGGUUUACCACACAUGGGGUCUGAGUGAAGAGCAGCGUAGCCUGCAAGGCUGGUUGCUUCUGGCCUGCUGCCUCUGUGCCUUCACUCCAUCACCAGUACUGGAAAAACCCCUGCUAAAGUAUGUAUCUGACCACGGACCCAUGGAGUACCGUUCACUGUGCCAACACAAACAGCUCAUAUCUAUGCAGCUCCCAGCCCCCACUUCCCGUAUUUAUCCCCCAACUCAGCUGGAAUGGAUCACCAACAAAAGGAAAGGCAGAAUGCUCGUGGAUGUAUGUACAUUCAACGAAGAGAAGCUCACAACUGAAGUGGAGUCCUGGACCACAGGAGAAAAGCUCGCCUCAUGGCUUCUCCAUGCCAGAGGUGUGAUAGAGGCAACAGAGGGAUGGUCUGUGUCUCUUCUGACUGACGACGGGUGGUCUGAUUUGGCUGGAUCAGACUUUGUCAUGGAUCUGCUGGCUGGCGCUGAGGCAGAAGUACUGCCACCAGGCACACCCUCGUCAACCAAUUCUGAUUACCUAUUCAGUGGACUGGAUGAUCGGACACCAGUUACGGAUCUUGAUGACUUUAUUCCGCCAGCACCUACCAUUGAAGCUCCAGGAGUACCUCAUCUUCCGGGAAACCGCUGGGAAAGAGACUCUCCACAGGAAGGCCGUCAUCGGCAGAUGGAUGCAUAUGUUGAUGACUUGUUUGACCUGGACCAACGACGAUUGGACAUGGAAAGAGUAGCUGUGCUGAACCGCAGGAUGAGAGGUGCAGGAGGCAUUAGACCCAUGCAGCCUGGUUCAUAUAUUUCUGGUAUGCCUACAUUAAUGUCAGGCUAUCCUAUGGGACUGUCAGUCAGCCCAUCAAUGCAAAGCUAUGGUACAACCCCCAUGAUCCCACCGAUGACAGCCAUGCCCACCGUGCCAGGACUGUCAGUCAGCCCAUCAAUGCAAAGCUAUGGUACAACCCCCAUGAUCCCACCGAUGACAGCCAUGCCCACCGUGCCAGCCAUGAUGAUGCCUCAGGCUCCUGGUCCCUCAAUCCCUGACCCCAUGCAGCUGGCAGCAACACAGCAAGCCCUCAUCAACCAGCAUGCUCUGUUUAUGGCCCAGCAGAUGACUAUGCAGGCAAUGACUCUGUCCCAGCAGCAGACAGAAGAUCAGCAGAGGUUGAGGAAACAGGAGAGGAGGCAGGAAGAGCGGCAGAGACGCACACUCACUUCUUCACCUCAAUCUCAACCUGCAGACAAUCGUAAAGAAAUUUUGCCAACGCCACAACGAGAAGUGAAUUCACGUAAUCAAGAGGACCUGCAGUCUUUUAGAGAUAAAAGGCAGUACUUCCACAAAAUUGGUGAGUCCCAUACCCAGGUUCCUCCCUCUACCCCAUUCAAACAGCAACACCCUGCACCAUCAGAACGUCCAUCCGCUCCUCCUACAGCACCUAAACCAAAGGAAAAGGGGAUCCCUGUUCCUGCUAGCAAAACAGAAAGUCCAACCACAGCUCCACUCUCUGAACCAACCUCCAACAUUCGGGAAAUCAUCAAAAUGUUCAACAGUCGACCUCCACCAGAACCCAAACACUUUGAACCUGUCAGAGCUCCUGCAAGGCAGUUUCUGAAGAAGGUAGAUCCCAAACAGGAAGCUCUCGCCAAGCUCAGACACAAAGCACCAGUGCCACAACACAUAAAGAAAGAGUUGGUGGCAUGUCCUCCAGUGGAAAAGCAAUCUCCUCCACACACUCCAUCCCCACAAUCUUCUCCUCCCGCCACCAUGGGCCCUCGUCUCAUCUCCAAUAACAUGAGGCAGAAGCAGCGCUCCCUGGAAGAUUUGUUUGGCUCACAGUGCUAUCGACACAUUUUAACGUCUCCCCCUGAGUCCCCCCCACCUCCUGCACUUCACAUCCCUGACCCACCAACUAUGGUUGCACCAUCUCUGAGUAUGAUGCCAGAGGAUGAGAGCCGUCACUCUCAACUUUCUCAUUAUUCCCCUGGUGUUUACUUCUCUUACAACGUAAUGCCAGGAAAACUGUUCCUGCGCAAAGAGGUGUUUUACCCCAAAGACAUGUUCAACCAACCCUACAUCCUCAAUCUUUUAUAUGAACAGAUCAUGAGCGACACUUACUCUGAAAACUGUGUGAGAAUAACCAGAGAGGAAAGAAGGAAGAUGAAAGAUCUGCUAGCUAAUCUUAAACUGGGAACGAUGAGCACCAUCCCGGAUGACAACAUGAAAAAAAGGAUUGUCAUCGCUGCUCGGGACAACUGGGAAAACUACUUUUCACGCCUAUUUCCCAUUAAGUCAGACAGUGGUGAUGCUCAAAUUUUGGGUGUGUGUCAUCGUGGAAUUCGUCUCCUGAGGAUGGUUGCUGCAUCGGGCAUUGAUCCAAAACAUCUCCGUCAACUUCGAAGUUACAGUUUUGCAGAGUUGCUGUCAGUUCAACUCUGCGGUACAAACCAAGUGCAACUGGAGCUGAUGAAUGAAAACCUACAGCUGCACUCAUCCAGAGCGCCUCAAAUAAUUGCCAUGGUUCAGUUCUUCCUCAAAGAGCUCGUGAAGAACUCUGGCCACAUGGUUGCCCUGAAGAGUUUUGUAACAGAUGACAAGAGCCUGCUCAGCUUCAGCAAAGGUGAUGUUAUCAAAUUGCUACCAAUGGAGGGACUCCAAACAGGUUGGUGUUUUGGCACAAUGGGAGGACGCUCUGGUCUUUUCCCAGAGGAUCUUACCCAGCCAUCUGCUGCUUUGGACUACCAUUAUCUCCAGUUGGAUCGAAGAGAUGAUCGGUGGAAAAGCACUAGAGGUGCAAGAACUUCCAGUAAACAAAAUGAGAUGCUGGUUCCCACCGGCAAGCAAAUUGACAAGAUUGAUUCCGAGUGGACAACUACAGAUGUCUCAUCCCAAAGAACAGCACAUACAUCCAUCCAGGGUUCACUUGAAGAAUUACAGAGGCCAAACAGUGAUUCAGACAGGCAAAGAAAUGUCUCAUCACGGAGAUCAGUGCAGAUGUCCAUCCAGGGGUCGAUUCAAGAUGGAGAGCUCCAGAUGUCAGCAAUGGCUGAAUUUGCCAUGAAAUUCUUUAGACUGGAAAAUGAAGGCUGCAAAUCAAGUGUCAGGACCUUUUCUGAGGCAGUUCAAUUUACAGAGGUUCCCAUUAAAGAGUCCCUAAUUCUCUACAAUGAUCCCAGCAGCAAUGAUUUAUCAAUCCAGUGCUUUCGAAACGUGAUGCAGAUUAUGGGUGAUACGGCGAUGAAAAAGCAUACCACCCAAACAGACUGUCUGAACCACAUCUUGCUGCUAGGGAAGGAAAAGGAACUGCUGAGAGACGAAAUCUACUGUCAGGUUAUCAAGCAAACCACGAACAACCAUACUAAAUCCAGCUGCAAUCUAGGCUGGCAUCUAUUCAAACUGAUUGCUGGGUUCUUCCCCUGUUCUGGUCAUCUAAAGCCCUAUGUUACACGUCACCUCCAUGACAUCGCAACGGACCAAAAACACCUUUACCGAGAGCUGGCAUCUGUGUGUCAGGAUAACCUUCAGCGAUCCCUCAGUUUUGGUGGUCGCCGUAACAUCCCUUCACAUGUUGAGCUGGAGUCCAUCCUGGCUGGCAAAUCCUCACAACUCAUUUCCAUCCAGCUGCCAGGACAGGUGGAAUUCCCUAUCAAGAUACAUAGCUUCAUUAUUGCUGCUGAUGUGGUAAACAAUCUCUGCAAAGAAAUGAGUAUCUCAAAUCUCUCCGAAAUGCGAGAAUUCUCUAUCUUCGCCAACAGACAGCAAGAUGGAAUGGUGCGCCAUAUUCAUUCCAAUGAGUACCUGAUGGACUUUCUGCUGGAUGAUGGCUCCAUUUUCUUGUCGUUAAGAAGAGUGAUGUGGCGAAACCCUCUGUGUUUCAACAAUGAUUUAUACGUGGAGUUUCACUAUCAACAGAUCCAGGGUGACUACUUGAAUGGGCUGAUCCAGCUCACUGGAGCUGCAAAUGGGUCAUCAUCAAUCCACCAGAUUGCAGAGCUGUCAGUCCUGCAGCACCUGUCCCAGGAACACAAAAAACAGCUCUCACUGGUGGAAAUAAAGAAAUACUUGCCUGCUCAGGAGGGGAAGAACACUAAUCUGGAUGAGAUCCACUCUCUCUGUUUGAGCAAGAUUGCAGCCAUGAAGUCUCUCAACCCCCUCGAUGCCAAAAUACAAUUCAUUGUGUUGCUGAGUGGCCAACAUCUGUUUGGCUCCAACAAUUACUUGGCCCAGAAAGUCAGCCAGCGUGGAUGUCCUUCCCCCUGCAUGAUCAGUGUCAACCAUGAUGGAGUGCUAUUUCUUCAUCCUAAAACACAGGAGAAAGUGUUUCAAAUUCCUCUCAUAGAUGUUCAGUCCAUGCGCACUGUGCGACCCAAAAAUGCACGAAAGCUGCCAUCGGUGGACAUCAGUUAUGGCAAACUGAGUCAGCCUCAAAAGAUAACAAUUCAUAUCAAACAGCUCAUAAAACCCACGAAAUCAGGAAUUCAAAAAAUUUGAAUACUGUGAAGAAUCAACCAAAUAUUGCAGGCCAUAAAUGCUUUAAACUGAGUGUCACACACUAAUCAUCGACUAAUCUCAACGCACCUGCACAGGUUUGACCAGGUGUCAUUCAAUUGCUUCAGUUUGGUUCAAUUGUCUCAGUUGGGGAAGACUGCAGACUUGACAGCUGGCCAGAAGACCAACAUUGAUCCCUUCCAUAGGAUGGGUAAGCCACAAAUGUUCAUAGCUAAGCACGCUGGCUGUUCACAGACUGCUGUGACCGAGCAUAUCAAUGGAAAGUCUAGCGGAAGGACAAAAUGUGUCAGAGAAGAUGCACCUGCAAAAGAGAUGACCGUGGGCUUCAGCGGAUUAGCAAACAGAGAAGAUUGAAGAAUAUAGCAGAGAUUCACAAAGAGUGAAAUGAAGCAGGAGUCACAGCUUCAAAAAACACCACAUUCUGACGCACCCGCGAGAUGGUCUACAAUUAUGGGGGUCCUCGGGUCAAGCCACUUCUGAGCCUUAGCCAACAGAGGAAACGUCUCAAGGAGAAAAAGGACUGGACAGUCGGCCAGUGGUCCAAGGUUCGCGACUUGAAACCGGGGUUUCAUCGUGAUCUCAUAAAUGGAAUUAGUUCCAAAGCCGAAUGCCACCGUAACAAUGUGGGAAGAGUUUGGAUUCAAGCCAGAUGAACGCUGCCAUCUUGCUAACUCUAACGAGCUGGUAUGUCGAAUUUGUAUGAAGUCGCAACAAAGACAACAACUUCAAACCUCAAAGUGACAAAAUCCAUUUUAAACACAACCCUCCCACCCAGUUUCUUCAGCUGGGAGAAAAACAACGGUGUGGUCUAUCUCGUUUCCCGCCAGGUUCCAAUUAUGGAUUGCCCAACAAUGCAAAUACAAACGUGAAUAUGGCGAAUAUUACAUACAGUAUAGCGUUGCUAUUGUAUUGAGAUGUUGCUAUUCAACACGUUUUUACUUGAUUGCAGUAUAUUGCCUUUGAAGGCAUAAAUGAUACCUCUGUGUCAAAUUGUAAUAUUUGUUGAAGUGCAUUUUUUGGGAAAGAUUUAUUCUGUUUUAUUUAUAUUUUUUUACCCAAGAUAUUUUAUUUAUUGUUCUACAUUACAAUGUCAAUGUUCACUAUUAGAAUUUGAAUUAAAAGUGGAUUGUUCUUUAAAAGGGAUGUCAUUGAAUUGUUUUGUCCUAAUAGCUUAAUAUCAGUGGCCUAAAAAACAUCGAUACUAUCGUUUGUUGUGAUAGUUUUUGGGAAAAUAUAUCGUCCUAAAUAAUUUGCUAUCAUGUCCUCCCCUAAACAUAUAAUAUACAGAGAGAGAACACGCGCAAUGGAUAACACAAAAAUAUCGUACAAACAGUAAAAACCUGUAAGAGAGGAAGAUAAUGGGGUUCUAGUCAAAUUGAUUGCCUAUGACGUCACCUCCUGGCACGCUGCCAGCACACGUGGCCGAUGACGUCACCUCGAGGGACACUCGCGCCCAUUGACGGCAUUUGGAAACAAAAUGACGUCACAACCGUCAUGUUAUCAUCUCCCCGGCAUUUAUGGCGCAUUACAGCAUAUUUGAGCAUCGGACCGCCUCGAGGAACAAAGAAUUACAAUGGGUGUCACUCACGGUCUUACCGGCAACAAAAAAAUGUCAUUUAUGAUUAUGUUUCAUACCUGUGAAACAUGCCUCGCAUCUAUGGUGUGUCUGACCGUGCCCGGUGGACUUUCCCAAGGCAGCUGCAAAGGUUUCAUGCCUACCCAUAUUUCCCAGGUCAUGUCCAUGUCUUCCUAAGGUCACAACCCCAACACCUGCAAAGAGUUGGGUGCUCAGAUGGCUUGUGCACGUGACAUUGAGUGUCUGAGAUGUUGGAAGAUCUGGGGAAAAAAAUCCCUAUAAAGGAGUAUGAAGCAAAUCAAAUGUUUUUUCCUCCAACUCACCACAGGGCAUGGGUUGUGCGAAAUGCUGAGCGGUCCAUCAGUCUAAAAAAAAAAAUAAACCCUACUAAUGAGCCUUUUUGUGCAAAGAGUACAUUCUCGAGAUCUUAUUGAGAACAUGUCCAGGCAUGUUGUACCAUUUGGUGAUCAUUCAUAUAUCUAAACCGUAAACAUAUCAGUUUUACAUUCCAACCGGGCGUUUCCGAGGCUCUUGUCGAGAACAUGUCCAGGCAUGUUGUAUCAUUUGAUGAACAUUCAUACAUCUAAAUGAAAAGAAAAUCAGAGUAUUUAGCAAAGCAAAUUUGUUUUUUUUCUAAAAUUCCUCCUGAUCCAGAGAGCUCACCACAUGGCAUGGGUUGUGGGGGUCAUAGAGUCAGAAGAAAUUCCAUUUCAGUGAGCAUUUAGUUACAAGUAACGACCCCACCCUGUACCUUAUGCCGUACUUCGAUGUUACUGACACUGGGUUGUACCUUUAUUUCAAUCAUCUGUUUACAGUGCAUAAAUGUCUACAUUCCUGAGAAAGUUAUCUUAUCUUGGCCAGCCAUGAUGUACGGAUUAGAGACAGUGGCACUGAAGAGACAACAGGAAGCAGAGCUGGAGGUGGCGGAAAUGAAGAUGUUGAGGUUCGCUCUCAGAGUGACCAGGUUGGAUCAAAUUAGAAAGGAGCUCAUCAGAGGGACGGCCGAGAUUAGAUUUUUUGGAGACAAAGUUAGAGAGAGCAGACUUGGACGGUUUGGACACAUCCAGAGGAGAGUGAGUGAGUAUAUUGGUAGAAGGAUGAUGAGGAUGGAGCUGCCAGGCAAGAGAGCUAGAAGAAGACCAGAGAGAAGGUUGAUGGAUGUCGUGAGGGAAGACAUGAGGGCAGUUGGUGUUUGAGAGGAGGAUGCAGGAGAUAGGCUUACAUGGAAAAAAAGGACGCGCUGUGGCGACCCCUAACGGAAAAAGCCGAAAGGAAAAGAAGAAGAAGAAAUGUAAACAUCUGACCUUACAUCUUCAAAUGGAAUGAUUUCACCCCUCCUGGAAGCCGUCACCUUAUCGUGGUGGAGGGGUUUGUGUGUGCCAAUGAUCCUAGGAGCUAAGUUGUCUGGGGUUUCACGCCCUUGGUAGGGUCACCCAUGGCAAACAUGUCCUAGGUGGCUGACCAGACAAAGCACGGCUAAAAGUCCCCUAUGAUGGAAAAAAAUGAACGGAUUGAGGUUUCCCUUGCCCGGGUUCUCUGAGGCGGGCUCAUUUAUCUCUGGGGUUGAGGUCUCUGAGGUCGUUAGGGAGCUCCUCAGUGGCAGGGCCCCGGGGGUGGAUGAGAUUCGCCCAUAGUUCCUGAAGGCUCUGGAUGUUGCGGGCCUGUCCUAGUUGACACGCCUCUGCAACAUCGCGUGGACAUCGGGGACAGUGCCUUUGGAUUGGUCAGAUUUUGGUCCACAUUACUGGCAGUAAGUUGGACUUGUUUCCGGUGAGGGUUAGACUCCGUCAAGGCUGCCCUUUGUCACAGGCCCUUUUGGACCACUGGCCAACAGUCCUUCUUCUCCUUGGCCCAGUUGAGACACUUCUGACGUUGGCUCAGGCUCAGAAGUGGCUUGACCCGAGGAACCUGACAGUUGUAGCCCAUCUCACGGAUGCGUCUGAAUAUGGUGGUUUUUGAAGCUGUGACUCCUGCUUCAUUCCACUCUUUCUGGAUCUCUGCUAGAUUCUUGAAUCUUCUCUGUUUGCUAAUCCACUGAAGCCCACGGUCAUCUCUUUUGCAGGUGCAUUUUCUCCUGUCACAUUUUGACCUUCCACUUGACUUUCCAUUGAUAUGCUAGGUCACAGCAGUCUGUGAACAGCCAGCCUCCUUAGCUGUGAACGUUUGUGGCUUACCCAUCGUAUGGAGGGUAUCAAUGAUGGUCUUCUGGCCAGUUGUCAAGUCUGCAGUCUUCCCCAUAUUGAACACAACUGAGACAACUGGAGCAAUUGAAUGACACCUGGGGAAACCUGUGCAGGUGCUUUGAGUUUAGUAGAUGAUUAGUGUGUGACACUCAGUUUAAAACAUUUAUGGCCUGCAAAAUUUGGGCUGAUUUCUUCACAGUAUUCAAAUUUUUUAAAUUCCUGAUUUCGUGGGUUCGUGGGAGCUAGAAGCCCAAAUUAUGUAAAAAUAAAUAAAUACUUGAAAUUGUUUAAAUUGGGGGCCCUGAAUCUAUAAUCUAUGAAAGUUUAACUUUUUGAAUGGAAUUCUGGAAAUCAAUAAACGUUUCCAUGAUAUUCCAAUUUUUAGGAAAGGGUCUGUACAUAUGGUGACCCAACCAAAACAUAUCGUAAAAGAAAAUACUUUUCAAUUCUGCGUGCCUGUUAUAUGGCAGGGCCCCCACCUUGUACACUGCCAGCGUCACAUACACACGGAAUGGAUUGGUCGACUGUGCACUCUACUGUGGCUUAUGGCCAUUGUACUAUUGUAGCAACGCCCCAUCUCAUCUUAGCAGGGGCCGUAGAUAGUUGGCCGGCAGGCCUAAAUUGCUCACAGAGUAUGUGAAUAGGUGUUUGUCUCCAGUAUAUUUGCUGGGGACCUUUUCACCUCACCCAAAUUCACCUGCAAUUAGCGCCAGCUCAACCGCGACCCUAAAGAAGAAAGCGCUAUGGAAAAUGAAGGGAUGGAUCACUAACUUUCUCCGGUCAGUUUCCAGUAAUUUCAGUGAACACCGUAGAUACCAACAUUUUCGCCCAUGUGUCUUUGACCUCACCUGUAUCGAACGGCAUUCUGCUGUGCUGUAUAUCAAUAAGUUGCUUGUUUUGAAAAAGAGAGACUCUGGGGAUGUAACGGGGAAUUUAACCAAGUAACUUCAACACUUACUCUAAAUUCUGGUAGAAAUUGAACAUUGGUGUGAUGUUUGUAAUUUGUAUUUGUCAUGCAGCAUGUGCAGUACACAAGGUAAAUAUGUGUGGUGUGUAAUUAUUUGUUCAUCGCCUUGAUUGUCUC